CCGACACCACCUCCAUCCCUAUCUAAGUUCCGAUGAAGUCACUUCUUCCUUGCAUCUCAAAAGAAUCCACUCUCCUAGUUUAACUAUGUCAGUACAACGUAGAUCCACCCGUCACAAUGGUUGCAAGCACAAGGUGGACAACCACAUAAAAAUUGUCUCUGCAAUCAAAUUGUUGAGUUCAAGGCGGGCAAGCGCAUGGUGGAUCAACUCGUUGAUGAUUAGAUAUUUGAUUCCAAGAUUGCUAAUCUCAUGGCAGAUCAUCUCACCAAUGAUCAUAUUACGGAAUUAACGAAGGGUGUCACCUCCAAUCUCUUCGGCAACACUAUAAACUUGGUGAGAUCCUUACUCUUUUGCAUCUCUUUAUUUGUAUUGUGGAAUAUUGCAACGACCUGUCAUGGAGGUAGUGAAGAGUAAGGUCAUUAAUGAAGCAUAAGCGGAAUAGGCCGAUGGAGUAGUUUUUUUCUAGCAUUAGAACACCUACUCGAUCCAAUUCUUAUGUUUUCGGGUCUUUAUUUCACUCUCUCCCCUUCAAUCUAGAAAAUUCGGUUGAAAACCUGAGUCCCCCCCCCCCCACUCGCGCGUCCACCGCUCCCACGAUGGGUGGGGCAAACAUGCUUCUCUAGUGUUUAAUAAUCUUUCCCCGGUUCUUCUUUGCCAUGGUGACUUCAAAGAUCUGGUGGCCUAGUGGGCUCAUCGUUCUGUUAGGCAGCGAUAUUUGUUUUUCAGUUUGUUGAUGGAAGUUGUUGCCUCUCGGAGGCAAGCAACCGAGAGGAAAACAAUAGUGGCUUUGGAGCGAUGGUGGUUCAAAGUUGGCGGAUCUAGCGUUCUUCUAGAAUAUCAUUGAGCUGAUAUAUAGACAGAGCUAAGCCCAAGUCAACACGGGAUUAUUCCACAACCAAUGUGCCUCACUACUUGCAACGUGUGUAUUCUUCGCCUUUGAAAUCCUCUCUAGCGAUGGCACUUCCUUAGUUUCGGCAGUGGAGGCUUGGCUUCUCUUCCAAUGAGCACCUUGAUGGUGAUUGAGGUUGGUGGCAGACCAUGGUUGUGGACUUGUGGUGUGUGCAACGACCCCUAAAGCACCUGACAUUAUUUUUCUAUUUUGUGGGGGCUUUCCUGGAAAAAAAAUCCAAUUCGCAUGCCUUCUCUCGGUCUCUAGUAGUCUUUAGUGUGUUUUUGUGUGCACUUGUUAGUUGGUAAUGAAGAUGCACGAUUACUAUGAAAAAUUCUGAUCAUUCCGAACCUAAAUCAUGUCAUGUAUAAAGUCGGCUUGAGAGGAUGGUAAACCCACCCCUCUAACGUAUCAUUCACGCAUUGUAAAUCCAAACAUGGCCCACUUGAAAAGAUAGCAAUUGGUAGACUCGAGCGGAGGAAUGCCCAUAAAAAUCCAAAGUCCAUAACAACAAUUAAAAAUCCAAAAAUGUCAUAAUAAUAAAUGAAAAUCCAAAUUUGGCAUAAUAAUAAAUGAAAGGUCCAAAGAUCGCACAACAUAAAUGAAAUUCAAAAAAUGGCAUAGCAAUAAAUCAAAUCCCAAAGAUAGCAAGUAAUAAAUGAAAAUCUAAAUAUGGCAAACAAUGAAUGAGAAUCCAAAGAUAGGGGUUAUCUUUGGAUUUUCAUUUAUUGUUUUCCAUCUUUGGGAUUUCAUUUAGUACUGAUGUGCCAUCUUUGGAGUUUUCAUUAAUUGUUUGGUCAACUUUAGAUUUUUCAUUUGUAGUUCUGCCAUGGAUUCUUUUGAAAAUCCGUGAAAUAGGAAGAAAAUAACCUAGCUCAUCAUCUGAAGUUCUGAACACAUCCACAGUGACCAAUCAAGAAAUUUCCAAAAAAUACUUCCUCUUAGAACCAAAAGGAAGCAAGUAAUUAAUGAAUCUAAUGCACCCCAAAGAAUACCCACGUCAAAAUCGCAUCCCACCCACUGCCCUAUAAAAAGCCCUGGGUUUGUGCAUUUUCAGGCAUCGAGUUACCAGUAAAACAAGCGAGGGUUUCUUCUGUUUGUGUCAGUGUGUGUGUGUGUUGUGCUCGUGAGGCAAUGGAAGGAGGAGGAGCCAUCCCGGCGGGUGCGGGCAAGGCGGCCUAUGGCGCUGGACCGCCCAAGAGUCCACUUCAUCCACAGCCACAGCCCACCCUCGGCGCCCGCCUGGCCGAUGCUGAACUUGAGCCAUGUGCGGCUGAAAUAGUUCCUCAAAUCAUCAUAGUUCAAGGUGGACAGGAUGUAGCAAUGGAAGUCAAGUCGUAUGGUGGGAAUGGUUGGGCAGUUUUUAUCAUGUCUGCCGAGGGCGCCGUAUCCAAUGUGACACUGCAUCAACCAGCUUCUCCGCUUGAAACAGUUAUCCAUAAGGGUUGUUUUGACAUUGUCUCUAUGACCGGCUCGUAUCUGCCGUCCAAAACUGAUGGAGUGAGCUCUCUAAAGGGUGGGUUCGCCAUUUCGCUUGUCGGUGCUGAUGGCCGCAUCUUCGGCGGUGGGUUAGCAGGACCUCUGAUUGCAGCAUCACCUGUUCAGGUGGUCAUUGGAAGGUUUGCAGCUGGUGAAAAAGAGGAGACCAAACAGGAUGUGGCCAGUGGAACUCCAGGUGCUACUGAACCGAGUGAUUCUCCGAGUGGAUCCUCCAGUGAUCCAGGAAGCCCAUCAAACUAGAGUGCGCUCGCACAUUCAACUCCAGCUUCCAAAUUCCAGAUGCCAGCCAGCUUAAAUUCCUAGCUUUCCGUUCCUACUAUUAUUUCCAAAUGCUUAGCUUUCAGCUCGUACUUGUUGAACUUUUCAGUCUUGUUAUAUGAUGUAUGGCCCCUGGAUGUGGUCAAGUUAUGUUUUUGUACCUGGAUUAUGCUUCCUGAUAUUAUUAUA